ACGUUAACUAAUAUUACUCCUCUUAUAUAUCAUCAUCAUUCUUCUACUACUACUACAACAUUAUUAUUAUUAUUAUUAUUAUUUCUUCUUCUUCAACAAUGUCUUCAAAGAACAAAAAGAAAUGGAAUUGCAUGAUUACUUCUAAUGGAAAAUCAAAUUGUGGUUGCACCAAGCCCAAAUUAUCAGAAAUUAUCGAUCCAAAGCCGAAGCAGAAGCAGAAGCAGAAGCCUGAGCACAUAUCGACUAAUUUGCCUGCAAAGAUUGUUGGAAGUGUGGCUAUUGUAAAGGAUUCAAAUGAUCCUUAUGAGGAUUUUCGACGAUCGAUGAUACAAAUGAUAAUGGAGAAAGAGAUAUACAAGUAUGAUGAUUUGAAUGAACUUUUGAAUUGUUUUUUAGAGCUUAAUUCUCCUUUUCAUCAUGAUGUUAUUGUGAAAGCUUUCAUGGAAAUAUGGGAUAAUGGUAAAAAUUUUAACAAGGAGGGUGGGGGUGGGGGUUCGGUUGAUUGACACCUACUGCUGCUGUUUAUGUUGUUCGAAUUCUUUUAAUAAUGUUGAUAGACAUAUGUUCAAAUUCAAGAAUCUGACAUGAAUAUUAUAACAAUUUUUUAAAGAGUAUGUUGUGU